GAGAGGAGAGCAAUUCGAGCAUGAACUCGACAUCCGCGAGAAGGUGAGUGCUCCCUCGGUCGCCCGUCACGCAGUUCUUCCCCAAAUCUGCAAAACCUUUCGACUCGAAGCACAUUUCGAGAAACUAUGAGUUAUGAAGCACAUGAUUCGUGGAUAAGAUUCAUAGAAAAGUCACUACUAUGCCAUAUUUCUUACCUUAAUCGUGAAGGAUUAUGGAACAGAUAGAAGGCUCAUGACUUCGACAUCGUGGCAAGAGUGGACAGCUCGUCUCCGCGCUUACGUGGGUUGGCUCAAUUCCCAGCUACGGAAGGAGGAAGGGGGUCGGCGGGUAAGCGACCUGCGCAACGACCUCAGGGACGGAGUUAUUCUUGCGCACUUGGUUGCCACGCUCGGUGGAGAUGUUGUUCCCGGAAUUGAUCCUCAUCCAAAAAAUGAUACUGAAGCGAAGGAGAAUGUAGAACGCUUGUUCAGAUUUCUUGCUCGGAAGGGCGUGCCUCUCCAAACCCUUACACCGAAAGAAGUAUGCGAAGGUGACCUAAAAGCCAUCAUGAGACUGGUUCAUGCAGUGGCAUCUCAUUAUAAGCCGGACACUGUUCUUAAUCCCCCUCGUACAUGUCUGAGGUAA